AUGAGUUUGUAUCUAGAUAUCUCAUCAGAGCUUGCUUCCGGGGCCUUGGAUCUGUGGAAUUAUCAGGCAACAAAUAUGAUGACAUCUGAGGUAUGAUCAGUCACGGGUCUCGUUGAGUUUUCGUGUGUUUUGAACCACGUUUCUUCUCCUUCUCAAGAAGGAAGACUUUAGACCCUACGGAAUCUAACCGAGCCAGAGAAGGGACCAGAAUGACCGUCAUUUGUAUGUUACGAUUUAUUAUCGACAUUUUUUUAAGUGUUGCCCAUGACUAGCAGUAAGCUGAAACGACUGCUGAACUCGCAGCAUUAAUUUUCUUUGAUGUCACUGCUUGCAGCCCUUUUUACUGCUUUUCUACCGCCAUAUGGGAAAAUUUAUUGGGAUCUCUUUUAUCACCUGGGGUCGACUCCUCUCCCCCAAAUGGCAGUUUUUAUUAUCUGCCUUGUUUACCAUAUUCUUUAGUCUAACUUUGUGUGGUUUCUCUAUGCAGCAAAGCCCAAAUGCUCCGGACUUGCAAACGGAGGAACACAUGAUUGACGUGAGACCUCGUUCACAUACUCCGACUUUUAUAGUGUGCGGGUAACGUAGAUUUUCUUAGCAUUCUCUCCGUCUUCGCACAGGAUCUAAUGAGUUUCGAGGAGUCCGUAUACCGUUACAUGCAUCGAAAUAGGAGUCUCGAUGUAGAUACCAUGUCGUAUGAGGUCAGAUCGUCAAACCCCGUCAUUUCUAGCUUCUCCUUUCCAGGAUGCAUGCAGUCAACUAAUCAUGAGAAUUAUGUAUCCGUUCUUGGCAGGAGCUGUUGGAAUUGGAGGAGCAGAUUGGGAAGGCGAAUGCGGGCCUGUCCGAGGACACCGUGCAGAAGAACUUGAAGAGAAUGAAAUAUCCAUCUUCUGCGGCCUACAAGGCAGAAUCCUGCUGUAUCUGCCAGGUAAAUUACCAAGAGACCAUCUCCGGUCAUCCAUGUAUCUUGUAAUUUUUGCCUGACAUUCACUCCUUCCGAUAUGAAUGACAGGAAGAUUACGCCGAUGGCGAGGAGCUGGGGGUGUUGACCUGUGGGCAUGAUUUCCACGCUUCUUGUGUUGGAAAAUGGCUGGUUCAGAAGAACUUCUGCCCGAUCUGUAAAAAGACGGCCUUGUCUACCUAA